GGCUCUGCCACGAAGUAUUAAUAUAAGAAUAAGAAACAGAAGAAGAAGACAAAUAAAAUAAGAUCAACACUAUUUAAGCAAUUCUGCAAUGUGCAAUUUACUGCCUUAAUUGUGUAAACCGAAUUGAUAAUAUGACAAGUCCAGUACGAAACUAUCCCGUUUGGGAAUUAAAAAUGCAUCAAAACUGUGAAGAGUUUGCCUUCUUUAACUGAUCUUAAAUUAAGGGAUCCAUUCACGCCCAGGAUACCUGCAGCAUUUUACUGGAAAAAACUUUCCGAUAACAAACGGGACUCCAGAGAAGAGGUGGGAGGUAGGCGUUACCUGUUUGUAGAUCUACCUUUGGGUGACAUUGUAAUACAGACUGUGCAAGACUGAAAGUAUUGGAACACUUGGUCUCAAACAAAAGUCGACGGUGAAAGGGCAGAUGGCGACCCCGGUCAAGAAAGGAUUUCGCAGAGAAGAAAUUCAGAAAACCACCUGGGAAGUGCCAACCAGAUACACUGGGCUCACACCUGUUGGUUCUGGGGCAUACGGAACAGUCUGCGGGGCUAUAGACCAGAAGACCAAGGAGAAAGUAGCGAUAAAGAAGCUGUAUCGGCCCUUCCAGUCCCUCACACAUGCCAAAAGAGCAUAUCGGGAGCUCCGCCUCCUCAGGCAUAUCAAACACGAAAAUGUGAUCUCCCUCGUCAGUGUUUUCACACCUGAUCCAUCACUUGAAAAAUUCCAGACCUUCUAUAUGGUGAUGCCCUUUGUGGCACAGGAUCUGAGUCACAUCAUGAAGAAAGGGAGGCUGACAGAUAAAAUAGUCACCUAUCUCGUCUACCAGUUGCUCCGUGGGCUGAAGUACAUUCAUUCUGCUGGGAUUGUGCACAGGGAUCUCAAACCCAGUAACCUGGCUGUGAAUGAGAACUGUGAGUUGAAGAUUUUAGAUUUUGGCCUGGCGCGCCAUACAGAGAGUGAGAUGACAGGGUAUGUGGUGACUCGCUGGUACCGAGCUCCAGAGGUUGUUCUUAGUUGGAUGCACUACAGCCAAACUGUUGAUAUCUGGUCGGUUGGGUGCAUUCUAGCUGAAAUGAUUACUGGAGAGGUCCUUUUUCCCGGAAAUGAUUACAUUGACCAGCUAAAAAGAAUUUUGAACCUGACAGGAUCACCUCACCCAUCCCUUGUGGAGAAGAUGCAGAGUAAAGAUGCUAGACGCUAUGUCCAGUCUCUGCCACACCAAGAGAAGAGGAACUUCAGAGCCGUAUUUCCACACAUGGACAGGAAAGUGGUGGACCUUUUGGAGAAGAUGCUGCUCCUGGACCCUGACAGGAGGGUGACUGCCAAGGAAGCUCUCUCUCACCCCUAUCUGGCAGAGUUCUGCGAUCCCGAGAGCGAGCCUGAAGCCCCGCCCUAUGACGACUCCUUCGAGAGCCUGGAGCUGGAUGUGGGGGAGUGGAAGAGUCUCAUCCACAUGGAAAUCAUGACCUUCGACCCUGACAAUCCAAGUGAAACAGCAACAUAGCUAAUAGCAAAAUUUGAAGGCAGUGAGAAAUUCACUGGAAAAAUUGUUCCAGUGAAUUCCAAAGGAUCAGAACUUUAGAUAUCCUCCAAGUGACAUAAGCAUGGCAUAAUGUGUUAUUUCUAACUGAAUAUGUUGUGGAUGACUAUAUACAUAUAUCAGUAUCAGUGAAUUAAUAUCAUUAACAGGUUCUGCAUAAUUUCAUGUAACUAUCAUAACAUAAAUUAAUAUUAAAGAAUCCCUGUAGUCUGA